AUGAAUGCUUUUAGUGGUUCUUCUUCUUCUUAUGAGUUGUUUUUGUGUGAUGAGGUGAAGCUAGGAUCAAACACAUUUGUCAUCACAUACAAAGACGAUCAAGUGACGAACGAUGUACCGCCACAGCUAGUGCCGUUGAAAAUGAGGAAACCCUGCUGUCCUGACAUGCUUGUUGGGAAGAUAUGGGAGUUUUAUAGACGAUGA